UACUCUUUCCAUGUUUCGGUCAUCGGCUGUUCUUCGAUUUUAAUGAACGUAGUUUUGCAUCUAUUUUUUUUGUUUAGUCUGUUCCCAUCUCUACCAUUUUUUUUUCUGAUUGCGUCGUCUGAAAGCAAGUUGAGUGUCGACAGCAGCAAUAUUGAUAAAGAGACGAAGGUAAAAUCACGAAAUAAAAGGCGCCCCGUUCCUCUUCAUCUAUUUCGACAGUUUUGAGUGGAGAUUUCACAUAACCUUCACUCUUCUUUGACAUUUUUUUCUCCAUCCUAUCUUUACUGUUGCCUACCUGCCGACAUCACAGCCUGUUCUGCUCGCCAUGUCCUCAGGGUCACCGCAUGAAAAAGAUCCAAUGGAGUUUUUGAAUGCCGAGAUUCAGCAUUUCAGGGAAAGCGAUCGCCGCCGCGAAAAGCUCCUGACUGAUCUUGUGGCAGAGUAUGGAAAGCUACAAGCACUUUAUCAGGACAAAUGCAACGAUUACGAGCAGGAGCGCAAGUCGCUGGCUAUGUGGCAGCGGGAAAACCGCGGCCUCGAGGCUGAGUUGAAUCAACUUAAACUUUCAAAUGAAUCUAAUCCGAUAGCUUUCGUCAUUCUCGACGGCGAUGGAGCCGUUUUUCGCGAUGAGCUCUUGGCCCGAGGCGCCGAAGGUGGAACGGAUUGCGCGUUUGAGCUUUUGACUCAGAUUCGCAAGCACAUUAAAACCAUCCAUCCUGAAACGUCGAUCGACAAUUUGAAUAUCAUGGUACAGGUUGUUGUCAACUUCGAGGGUUUGGCCAAGACUCUUCAUGCGUCUGGUAUACUUGAUGACGGGUUCAAACAGUUGACUGCCUUUGCCCAUGCAUUUGGUCAGGCCCAAUCACUGUUUUCGUUUAUUGAUGUUGGUCCCGGCAAGGAACGAACGGACCAUAAAAUCCGUGAGACUUUACGUGUUAUGUCUCGUCUCUCCCAAUGCAAGCACGUGAUCUUUGGACCAUGUCACGAUAAUGGUUACUUGCCUGUUCUUGAACCAUACAAGCAGGACCCUAUCGUCGGUCCCAAGCUGUCACUGCUGGAGGCCUCUCCGGCUACGCCUGGCUUUAUCCGUCUGGGACUGCCUCGCGCCAGGUUUCCUAGCCUCUUUCGCCCAGAUCUGAUCACCAAGCCUCAUAUCCAAGUAACCACGACGGGUUUGCCUAUUAGAAAUGGUGGCAUCCCAGGAUUUGGUAACACGGCCUCGAGUCCAGCCUCGAUCUUUUCCGUCAUGUCGCCGGGAGCCCUGUCAAGCCCUGCUGUUCGCGACAGGCUCGGCAGCAUUGCGUCCAUGCAGCCGCUUCCUCCACCACCCUCGACCUCGUCACCGCCCCAGUCAGUGUCUUCAACAUCCCCAGCGCCAGCUACCCCUGCUUCAGCCCUAGCUGCUCCUUCGAGCUACGCAAGUGUGGGGACGGCAGCCUCGGCGACGGCACCGCGCACCAUCGAUAUUGCACCCAAAAAGACAGCUCCUGCUUCUCUCAAGUACUAUUAUGUGAACGCUUCUUCCGAGCGUCUGGACGAGGAGCUGCCUCGUCACACAACCAUCGCAUACAAAUCAUAUAACGAUAAGAAGGCCGCCAACGGCCGUAACUUUUGCAACCGCUACCACCUGGCGGGGUACUGUGAGGAAGAGGAGCACUGCAAGUACGAGCACGGCCCCCGCCUGAAGGGUCAGGAGCUGUUGGUCCAGAAGCACCGAGCCCGCGGUACGUACUGCGACAAUGGCAUCGGUUGCGAGGAUUUUGACUGCUAUUACGCGCAUCACUGCCGAUUCGGCCGUGACUGCGGCAUCGGCGAUGCUUGCAAGUUCAAUGAUACCCACCACAUGGAUCUUAAACGAGUAGCAAAGAUAUAUGAGAAUGGCACCAAGGAGCAUGUGUGAUCAGUAAGCAUUAUUCAAAAGAAAAAAAAUAAGGUGAUUUGUCGUUGAUAUGCAAGCAACAUGCUUGCUACAGCUUAGCUUGAAAAACGGGAUUGUCCGUGGCCUGUGAAAGGUACCGGAAAAUUUUCUGCUUAUGUAUUCUCUUGGUCCGAUAUGUUUUAAGCUCUCAAAUUCUCGCUUUGAGAGACCCUUUAAUAUAUCUUCUAGUCUCUGCCGUAGACAAAAGCGGAACCAACUUUGGUAUAUUCCUCUUACUUACAGCCCGGUUUUCACACCAAAUACUGAGUGUCAUCCCU